UAUACCGAGUUCUAUUGUACAUUAAUUAAACAAUUAAUUAUCUCUUGUACAUGUAAUUAAACGAUUAAUUAUUUACAAAAAACCACAUAAACGUGGCGAGGGCGUCGAGGCUCACGAUCACAGUAGUCGCUGAAAGAGUUAAGAACCCGAGGCAACUAGAGCCAAAAAUGAAUCCUAGCCGUCGGAUCAGCCAUUUUUUAAUCCCACCAACCGCCGCGAUCAAUUUAUAAUCACUUUCUCUUUGUUUAUUAUAAUAACUAAUUACCUAAGACGUCUUAAGUGGGGAGGGAGAGAGAAACAAUGUUGGAGGUAGAGAGAGGAACAAUGGGUUUUAGAGAUAGAGAGAGAGAGAGAGGAGGGUAGGAGGGGCAAUGAAGCUGCUGUAAUUGUCGUGGCGACAUCGGAUAUGAGCACGGAGUAAGACAUGCUCUGAAUCACCUGUGUCGUUUUGCGCCUCUUAACCGCGUCUCAUCAGUUCCCUCUUUUUCCUCUUCCUUCCUCUCCUCUCUCUCUCUCUCUCUCCCUCUCUCUCUCUCUAUUUCUACUUUUACUCUCUUAGCUCGCCAUUCUCUGUGCGCGUGCUCUGUUCUUAUAGAGAAAGUAAAGGGGCGAAGGGGAGAAGACGACUUCCGGCCGUAGGAGUGGAAGUUUCCCUGCUUCGGAGAUUUUGAGGCGGAGGUGUUUGUAGAAAAGAAGCAGGGGAAGAUGAGGGUCAGUGGGAGAGGGUAAUACCAGAAAGACAGGGAAGGAAAGAUAGGCGCGUAUGGCCGCAGCAGAGGAGAUGUUGGUGUCGAGCAAGGAUGGAGAGGAGGAACCCAGCAUUGACACCGACAAGCUUAGCUACGAGAUAUUCUCCAUUCUCGAGAGCAAGUUUCUAUUCGGGUACGACGAAGCUCACCAGCUCUGUGUUCCGAAAUCGCCGGCCGCUGCAUCUACUAUCUCCGAUAGCGCCGCAGCGAUCAAAUCUCAGAGAGGAAAGGUAUGUAUCCUCAGCAUCGAUGGCGGCGGUGGGGUGGGAAUGCGCGGCAUUCUCCCUGGUAAAGUUUUAGCAUACCUGGAGAAAGCACUUCAAUCGAAGUCCGGCGAUUCGAAUGCUCGGAUCUCCGACUACUUUGAUCUCGCUGCCGGAACUGGAGUUGGGGGUUUCUUCACCGCUAUGCUUUUCGCCACUCGCGACAACUCUCGCCCUGCUUUCCGCGCAGAAGACACCUACCGCAUCCUCGUGGAUAAAGGUCGUCGCUUUUACCGUAAGCGUUCUUCUUCAUCUCCGGCGCUCCUCCGUUGCGUCUUCCCGAGCGGUUGUCGUAGGGUAAUGGCUGAAAUGACGAAAGCAAUGGAGAUGGCGAUGAAGGAAACGUUCGGGGAAUCGCUCACGCUCCGUGAUACGUUGAAACCAGUGCUCAUUCCCUGCUACGACCUCCAUAGCUCGGCUCCCCUCGUCUUUUCCCGCGCUGACGCGUUAGAAAACGAGAGCUUUGAUUUCCGACUCUGGGAAGUUUGCAGGGCAACGUGGGCGGAGCUAGGCCGCUUUGAGCCGAUUGAUAUGCUGUCGGUGGAUCGCUCCACCCACUGCAUAGGCAUCGACGGCGGCCUAGCGAUGAGCAAUCCGACAGCUGCGGCCAUCACUCACGUCCUCCACAACAAGCAGGAGUUCCCUUUCGUGCGUGGAGUCGAGGAUCUCAUGGUUCUCUCCCUCGGCUGCGGGGCAGCCGCCGCAGCUUCAUUGCCGAAAACCUCCGGCAGCCGUUUAGAGCAUCAGAAGCUCCGGCGAUGGGGAGCGAAGGAGUGGGCUCGUCCAAUAGCCCGUAUAUCUUCCGACGGCGCCGCCGAUCUCGUCGACCAUGCGGUUUCGUUGGCCUUCGGAGAGUGCCGGAAUGCAAACUAUAUGCGUAUUCAGGCGAACGGCCCAAGUGCAGGGAGAUGUGGAGCUGAUGUCGACAGUGAUCCAAGCUCUGCAAAUGUGAACGUUCUGCUGAAUGUUGCAGAGGAGAUGCUGAAGCAGAAAAAUGUGGAAUCUGUUCUGUUUGGGGGAAGAAGAAUCAGCGAGCAGACUAAUAUGGAGAAAUUGGAUUGGAUUGCAGGGGAGCUUGUGCUCGAGCACCAGAGGCGGAGCUGCCGGAUUGCUCCCACUGUAGCCUUCAAGCAAUCUCCGAAGCUCAAAACUGGGAUUUUUCCUGAGUAGCCCUUUAUCGAUCCUUCUGGUGUUAUUUGCUGGAUCCUGUGCUUUUUUCUUUCAAAGAUGAUUUGCAUGCAUAUCCCUCAAUUCUUGUGUAUUGACCUCUCCAAC